GAGGGAGUCGGCAGAGAAUGAAAACGUCACCCCUAAAUACACACAGAAAUCGACGCCAGCAAGACUACUGAGAGCUCUGCCUGCUUCUUUUUUCCCCAAUUAGGCAAAGAAACAGUUAGCGCACCACAUUCUCUGACCUCGAAAACAAUCAUGGAAACGGAAACCCAACGCAAAAUCGACGAAACGGUGCGUCGUAUUCUGGAAGAGUCCGACAUGGACCAAGUCACCGAGUCCAAGAUUCGCAAGCAGGCUUCCCAGGAGCUCGGACUCGACCUCAACAAGCCUCCCUUCAAGGCCUUCGUCAAGCAAGUCGUCGAGUCCUUCCUCGACGAACAGCAACGCAAACACGAAGAAGCCGAGGAGGCCGAGGAGGACGAGGGCAAGCAGGAGCGCGAGGUCGACGAAAAUGGCGACAUCGUGAUCUGCAGGCUUUCGCAUAAGAGGAAGGUGACGGUUCAGGAGUUCAAGGGGAAGCCGUUGGUGUCGUUGAGGGAGUUUUUUACUAAAGAAGGCAAGGAGCUUCCUACUUCUAAAGGUAUAAGCUUGACAGAGGAGCAAUGGUCAGUAUUUAAGAAGAAUGUACCUGCUAUAGAGAAGGCCAUCCAGAAGAUGGAGUCACGGAUUAAUUGAGAAAUCUGCUGAACUUUUCAACUCCUUAUCCUUUGCAACAUUUUUCCUUGUCAGUUGUGUUGUAAGUGAUGACUCGGUUUUUGGUGAGUAUUUAGUUUAGAACUAGAACUGGUUUCUUAGUGACUUGUAAACAUCAUCAUCCGUUUACACAUUCAAGCAGUGCGACACCUUUACUAUCCUUCACAUAUGAAGUCAAAAUCUUGAUCCUGAGGGUUUCGUUUUUCAUUUUCUGUUUUUGUAUGUAGGAUGCUCAGUUUUCAGUUUUCCCUUUUCAAUUUCAGUUCAACGUUUCUAUG